GGUUUGUGGUUAAGAGACAACAUGUUCUGCCCUUUUAUCUGAGAAAGAACAAGAGCAUGCAGACAUUUUUCGCCCCAACAGUUUCAUUUACAAGAAGAGUAACUGAAACAGGUUUGAGGAGCUGUCGACGGCUGCAUGGAACCGUGUUAACAGUCUAGCAAACCCAAGUCUCUUUGGUCAAACGCAGGCUGAUCAACCCUGGAUUGUCACCUGUUUGGAGACUUUACACACUAACUCCGUCAAGGGGUUGUUGAGGUGAUGGAGGCAAAGGAACACUGGUUCUUGCAAGGAUUUCUGGUUAUUGCUAUGGUAAUAGCUCAAGGGCCAACUAUUAAAUGUCCUUCUAGUCCUCUGUGCUACAAGAAAACUGAAAGUGCUACCAUCUAUACAUGUGAAUGGGAGACACCUGAGUCUAUGAAGAAUGCAACCUAUGAGCUUUUUUAUAGCCGCUCCAAUUCCCCUGAAAGUAGAACAUCAUUGGGCAGUAGUAGGAAGAGCUGUAUCUGUGUGCAAGACAAUACAGUGCUCAACAAAGUGCUGGUGGAUAUAUGGGUGGUUGCUUACAUGGGCAACUGGAGCUGCCAGUCACGCAAUACCGCUGUUACACUUUCUGAAAGAGUUAAGUAUGAAGCUCCCCAACGUAUGUCUAUGGUAAGAUCCUCGAGCAAUCUUACCCUCAGCUGGGAUAACAAGAAAGAUGCUAUCAUAGAGGUCAAGUUCAGAAGACUAGAGGAAACCUCAGGGACAUGGAAGACAUUUAAGAAAGAAGUCAAACAAGCCAUGGUCACUCUGGAGAAUCUCCAGAACGAAUCUGUGUACCAACUACAGGUCAGACAAAUGUCCAAGCAUGUCAAACAUCCCCUGUGGAGCGACUGGACUCCAAUCCUGGACGUUCCCACUGAAAUCCCAAAUCCCCCAGAAGUUAACUGGACAGUAGAGGAUUUUAACAAUGGUACUCGACUACUCAAGCUGACUUGGGGUACACCACCUUAUCCAGUCUCUAUGCAGGUGAAUUACAACCUCUCUCUCCAUAUUUGGCCUUGUCUACUAAAGCGAAAGAACUUCACCAAUGUCACUAACACUGAGAUCAGUGUUUAUGUGACUUACUCUGCUGUCAGUGGUGACAUUAUUGCCUUUAAUAAAGUGGGAAAGUCAUCCCCGACACAUAUCCUUGUCCCAGCAAAACAUCUUACAUUUCCCAGCAAGUCUUGGCCUAAUGACAGACUCAUCCCACUCAAUUAUGCGCAUGGCUUUAUGAAAUCCUGCCUGGAGUGGUACAAGUCAACAGACGGAGAAACGCAACCAGAAAAAGUGAAUAGAUCAAAACUAAAUGGAACAGUGAAGAAAAAACUAAAACAUGUCAGAAAAAAGAUGGACGACUAUGUACGUUACUAUUACCUCGUUCACAAACAAACUGAUGGAAAGCCACAAUCAACAGAGAUGUGUCUCAUGUAUAAAAAGGAGGGUGCACCCAGUAAGGCACCUGAUCAUUUCACUGCUCCUAUUCUUUAUGUUACAACCAAUUCUGCAAUGCUGCAUUGGAAACCUAUUCCUGUGCCAGACCAGCGAGGUUUCCUAACACACUAUGAAGUCUGCUACACAAGGAGAAGCCAAAAAAAUGAGUCACACAUUGAAUCUGAGUGUCACAACAGCUUUGCAUCAAAAACAGAGUAUCUUGUUCAAAACCUGACACCUGGGUCCAUCUACAACAUCCAUCUCGCUGGAGCAACAGCUGCAGGUUCAGGACCAACGACAACUAUCCAAAUCGUGACAAAGCCUCUACCCCAGUCCAUUAUUGGUUGGAUCAUAGCUGGCAUAAUUGUUUUAAUUGCAAUAUUAAUAACAGUAUGCUUGUUCAUCAUCAAGAGACAUAAAAAAAAGAUCUUCCCACCAAUACCACGUCCUGUGGUCGUAGAGUCGGUGAAUUAUCGAGCGGGGAAUCAGAACAUGUAUGAGGAGGAGGAGGUGCAUGAGCUGCAGCUACAUGACAACUGCAGCCAAGACCCCAACCCUGAGGAAGCCACUGUCCUGGAGGUGUCUGAGACAUACGAGUGUGAAGAUACGGACGAGAAGUGCCUGGGAGACUCCAGCACCCCAGUCAGUGACCUGCUGAGCCCUGAUUACAAGGGCCAGGUGCUACGUCUAGAAACCCCUGAUUCAAGCCAAGGAGAGAUUGACUGUAUGGUCACCAUGUUGAUGUACAGGAACGGUCUGGUUUUUGAUAUGAAAGCAUACUCCACCGAGGAUGUCGGGAUCCCACUUUAGACAUCACUGCUGUAGCACUCGCUUGAAGCCUGUAAUUAUAAUGUAUGACCCCCUUAUUAUGGUGUAUUAUUAUGCUCACUUUCUAUUGGUCCUGACUAAAUAACAGCCAUUUUGAGUCAGUUGAGAGAAUUGACAUAUUAUAAUCUUUAAAAUAAUACAUUAUAAAGGUUUAUUCUUGUUUCUAACAAGUGCAUCCUUUAAGUAAAGCGUUAGCAACACUGGCAGAGUGUGGUGACAGUGGCCUGGCUGGGCCAUUUAGCACUUUGUCUGUUAAAAUAUUCAGGCUAGGUCAUUAAAAGAUAAUUAUUAUAUUAUUGUGGACAAACUUUUUUUGAAUUUUUACCCCCUUUUUCUCCCCAAUUGUUAGUAGUUACUGUCUUGUCUCAUCGCUACAACUCCCGCACGGACUCAGGAGAGGCCAAGGUCCGUGCGUCCCCCGAAACACAACCCAACCAAGCCAAGCCAAGCCAAGCCAAGCCAAGCCAAGCCAAGACAAGCCAAGCCGCACUGCUUCUUAACACAGCGCACAUCCAACGUGUCAGAGGAAACACUGUACACCUAGCGACCUGGUCAGCGUGCACUGCACCCGACCCGCCACAGGAGUCGCUAGUGUGCGGUGAGACAAGGAUAUCCCUGCCGGCCAAAAUCUCCCGACACUAGGCCAAUUGUGCGCCGCCCCAUGGGCCUCCCAGUCAUGUAUUCCCAUGGCACUGCAUUGCUUAUCUGUUGUCUAUGUUGUUUGUCUAUGUUGUUUUUGCUUAUUGUCAAGAAAAUAAGUUUAGGGGGCCUCCUGGGUGGCGCAGUGCCAACCCAUUACACCUCUUUGUUUGUGUGGAUACGGUGGGAACACGUGGGUCUGAGCAAGUGUGAUGCCAGACAGAGCCUGGGCUCGAACCCAGAGUCUCUGGUGACACAGCAAUGCAGUGCCUUAGACCACUGCGCCACCCAGGAGGCCCCCUAAACUUAUUUUCUUGACAAUAACCAAAAACAACAUAGACAAAAACAACAGACAACUUAAUUUUACAUACAUUUCCACAAACAUUAAUGGCAUCACACUUGCUCAGACCCACAUGUUCCCACCGUAUCCACACAAACAAAGAGGUGUAAUGGGUUGGCACUAAAAAAGUUAUCGCAUAAAGCUUACAGUACUUCAUAAAAAAAAUAUGUUUUUACCUUUAUUUAACUAGGCAAGUCAGUUUAGAACAAAUUCUUAUUUUCAAUGCCGGCCUAGGAACAGUGGGUUAACUGCCUUGACAGAUUUGUACCUUAUCUGCUCGGGGAUUUGAACUUCCAACUUUUUGGUUACUAGCCCAAUGCUUUAACCACUAUCCUACCCUGCCGCCCCAUUAUUCAAUGUUUUUAAUUAUUUUCAUUGCAUCAUACGUUUCGGCUUUACAGCCUUCUUCAUUUUGUCCACACCUAAUGUUGUUUCUAACGCUAAGCCCCAUGUGACUUCAAAUUGUGUUAUGUUGUUUCUGUCUGUAGCCGGAUUUUUUUCAAUAUUUAAAUAAUAAAGCAUUUGAUUCUUCCAUUCUCUGAAAGAUGGAGUAUCAUUUGACUUCCAGUAUUUAAGUAAUAGCUUCUUCCAGAGGCGCAUCUUUCACUGGGGGCGGUGGGAUAUAAAUUGCAUUUCCCCCCCCCCAGUUUUAUCAUUGCACUGUGAUACAAAAAAGUGUCAUCGGUGUUCUUUAUGACCAUGCGGACGCCUCAGAGUGGUCGGGUAGGCUGUUUGGCUAACAUUAGCUAGCUAGCUGACUAACUGUAGGUAUUAUUUUUGCCUCACUCACACUAGACCUGAAUUAAAUGAUGAAACCAGCGGCCAAACGUUUCUUGACAGCGCAAUGUGAGUUUUUAUUAGAGUCAGUAUAGCAAUGUAACGUUAUUGAUUAUGUUAAUAUAAUCUCAGACAUAAAUUACUGCAGAAUAAAACCAUCCAUAGAACAUCCUAUAUGCCAGUGAAACUGAAUAACAUGCACUCAGAAAUGUAAUUCCUCUGCUGGAAGUGUAAAACACAAAAGGGGACAUAUUUGCAUAUGUUAUGGUCUUGGGAAGGCUGGCUGAAUUCUGGCAAAGCGUAUGUUCUUUUAUCUCAGCAUGUUAACAGAUACUCCCUCUUUUUGUUUGCUUGGAAAUGUUGAUACCAGAGACUGUUAUCAGAAGAAACUGGGUAACCUAGCAUUUAUAGCACCUAAGAAACGCAUUGCCAUUAAUUGGAAGGUUGGUUAUGAUCCCACAAUGUCACAAUGGAUGGCAGAAAUGUCAAGUUAUGCAUCACUAGAUUUGAUUCACAACAAGAUUAAGGCUGUACUGUGCAACUUUCAUAAGGUCUGGGUGGCUUAUAUAGCACUAGUGGUUCUGGGGGGGGGCAAGGGGGGGGCAGUGCCCCUGUGACAACAAGGAUGUGGAGUAUGAAAUAACGUAUCUCAGGUCGACAAUGUCAGAUGACAGAUUAAGCAAUUUAGGUGUAUUAAGUAUUGAGUCUAGAUGAAUUUGCUGAUCUUUUUGCAAAAAAACACAAAAACCGGAGAAUACAGUUGAUGUGACCUGAUACUGAAUAUGUAAUGCAAAUUACAAUUAUAAUGGAAAUGCAAAUAAAUAGUUGAAUGAUUAUGAA